GCGUAAAAAUAUAUUACAUUACAAAAAUAUAUUUUUAUGUCAUGUAUUGUAGAAAGAAUUGCUUAUAUUGAUUAAAGAAAGAAUUGCUUAUAUUGAUUAAAGAAAGAAUUGCUUAUUUUAAUUUCUAAUUUCCUUCGAAGUAGUUUCCUUGAUAAAUAUGGAUACAGCUACCUCAACAUGAUUUUUUAUAAUUCAACGGAUCUCUCGAAAUGUAUUCAUCUUCAAAUAUAAAUGUUUUAAGCAUUUCUUUCUGCCCUUCAGGAAUUUAUCGAUUGUCUGGUCAAACUGUAGAUGGAAAAGUUUAUUGAGAUGUUUCGAAGCUGGAAGAGCAUCAAGACAUCCGAUAAAGACGUUGAGAGAACAAUAACUACUUCUUCACCAUAACAAUGCACCUGCCCGCAAAUCGCUCGUUAUUCGAUCACCGUUUUUACACAACUGAGGAGAUCCAGGUAUAUCGCAGGAGGUGCUUAAAACACUUAUUGAAGAUUUCCAUAGAUGCAUGAGAAUCGUGGAUGAAAACGCUGGGAUAGCUAUAUCCAUGCUCGAGGAAAUUACUUCAAUAUAAACUAGGAGUUAAGAGCCAUGAGACUAGCGGCAGUGCUGACGUUGCUGUGCUGUCUGGCGAUAGGGUCACUCGCCUCGCCGGUACCCGAGAUCACCGACAGCAAGGUGUCGACUCAAAAUCUGGUUGCAACCGGAAGGCAAGCCGCCCCGGCCGCCCCAGCUGUUCCCGCUGCCGACGAUGACGACGACGACGACGAUGAUGACGACGACGACGUCGAUCUAGACAUCACGGGCGACGACGAUGACGAUGACGAUGACGACGAUGACGACGAUGAUGACGAUGACGACGACGAUGGCGAUUACUUGGAGCGUUUCAUCGAAGAUAUACUUGGAGGAGAAGAUGACGACGACGACGACGACGACGAACCCGCGUCGGUGGCCGGAGUCGCCCCAGCUGCCAGCUCCACCACCAGCCCCGUGAAUUCACCUCAGGUACCGCUAUCCGUGGCGGCCGAUUUGAGCCAAGAGGCCGCCGAGGAUGCGGCUGCGGGUGAGGCGGCUGGCGAAGAUUCCGGGAGCUACGAGGACGAGGAAGCCGAAGCCGCGUCCGGCGUGCACGACUCCACCCUCGAAGCUGCCGAGUCCAUCUCGAAUCCGGUGUCGGUGAACGCCAUCGCGCCCCCGGUUGCACCAGCUGCUCCGACCUCGAGCGAGGAGGACGACGACGAUGACGACGAUGACGACGACGACGUGGAUCUGGACAUCACGGAGGACGACGACGACGACGACGACGAUAGCGACGAGGACGACGACGACGAUGAUGACGACGACGACGAAGUGGACGAGAUCGCCGAUAUCGCCAGCGCUAGGCACGCACGUGGCGUGGAAUCGGAACCAAGCGCUCACGUGCCGGCGAUUUACGUGGCCAAAUACAAUCGUUUCGUCGAUCAAAUUCUCGGCAAGAUCAACAACAUUUUGCGCGCUAAUUACGAGCCGGUGACUGUGAAGCUAUCGAGUUCAAGUUCGGGCUCCAAGUCGAACAAGAAUAAGAAUAAAGGCAAAAGAAAAGGCACCAAGAAGCAUGGCACCAAGAAGAGCGCUUCAAGGCCGAUCGACGCUAUCACUGAGAAAAGCGUUAAUGAAAACAAUGUCGAGAAAAUAACGCUGACUACUGAACCCGGCAUAACGGAAACAGCAGCCAUGACGGAAAAGGAAACGAUCGCGUCUCUCGCGUUGGAAUCUUCUACCGAAGCCAACAUAAGAUCCAGACGUACGUCAGCUAGCAACAAUAAUUCCAACAAGAAUCGCAAACGAAUAAAGAACAAGACAAAGACUAAGAAAGGAACCAUAGCAACUACUACUGCAAGCAGUAAUAACAAGAACAAGACCAAGACCAAGAGCACCAGACCGAAAGCGAGAGCCACUCUAUACGGAUUGGCGUCCCUGCAAAGAACGGGCGACGUGUCGGUGAACAUGAUGAGCGACCACACGACCAUCAAGACCAGGUUCAGUCUGGGACCGCUCGUGCUGAAAGUCGAGAAGGAGUUCGGUCGAGCCGCGAAGAAGGAGUUGAGGAGCGCGACCGCCACCACGGCCGAGAUGUCCGGCAAGCUGAGUCUGCGCGUGUUGCAUGGCGGUGCGGCCACGUUGCACUCUAUUCGGGUUUUGCAACCUAAACAGGUUCGGGUGGAAAGCCAGGACGAUCACGAUAGAACGCGAGAAUUCGUAUGGAAGAGAUCGUCGCAUAUCGCGCAUUUGGUGUCGCAGAAACUCUCUUCGGCCACCAGGUCGAUGCUUCGACCGCCGCCUGUUGCGCCUGCAGCUUGAAAGCUACAUCUACUCUUUGGUCCAACUGAAACCGCCGAUAUUCGCCAUCAAAGUAUCGUGAAGAUCGAGCGCAACGCACGAUUGCUGUGUGCGAUCAUUUUUAAUGAUACAUGUAUACCAUUGAUUAUCGAAUUGUGAAAAUUACUAUGCCGUUUAACUUUGAAUGUACAACUAAUUCGCAUUAAACGGCGCGCCUCUUCCUUCGCUCGCGAAAUAACGCGAAACGAGAAGCAACGCGAGAGAAAGUAACGAAGAGGUAUACGUAAGAGGUGUCCCACUUCCACACUAUUAUUUUCGAAUAAUUGAUUAAUAAUGAAUAAUAAUAAUAUUAAUAAUUUAUUAAUAAUUAGUAAUUAAUUUAUUUGGUCGAUCCAAGAGUGAAUUUUCUUCGUAAAAAAUAGCACUUAUAAUUGUUUCGAGUAAAUAAAAUAAAGCUUCUCACUUUAGACUUAAAUUCCCACAAGUGAAAUAUUUUCUAAUUCAUUUUAAGUGAGCUUUAUUUCAAUAAAGUCUUAAUUUAAGGCUAUGUAGAAGGAUAUUGUUAAGUAUACACUUAUACAAUGGAAGAGGGACAUCCUAUAUUUUACGGAUUUCAUGUUGGACCAAUUUCAGGCGAUUGUAUUUUUUUAUUUAUUAUUUAUUAUUUAUUUAUUUGUCGCAUAGCUUGUAAUUUGCCUUCAGAAAGUCUGACAUAUGUCUCUAGGAAUGUGGUUAAAUAUUAAAAUAUGUAGGCGCAAGCCAUUAUAUGAGUUAGGUCGUUCUGUUUGAUUAAGUUGCAAACAGAAACCAUCUGUUGCCAGAAUCUUAGAAUACAGAAUAUAUAUAUAUAUAUAUUAUAUAUACGAAUAAUGUACAUUUAUUCUUUAACACCCACAUUUUCUAUUUAAUAAAUGGAAAAAAUUUAAA